GUCAGCAUCAUCGCCACUCCUCCCAAUAGGAAGGGCGCAUCCCGGAUAGCUAGCUGGCUAGCUGUACUCAGCAUAACGAUGGCAGUUAACCUCAGCAAAAAUGGCCCUGCAUUAACAGCCGCGUUUAAAGAAGUGGUAGAUGAAAAGUCCAAUACCAACUGGGCCUUGUUCACCUACGAGGGAAACAGUAAUGAUAUCCGCCUGGCAGAAAAGGGAGAUGGAGGACUGGAGGAGUUGGUUGAGGAGUUGAACAGUGGAAAAGUGAUGUACGCUUUCUGUCGGGUCCAGGAUCCAAACUCUGGCCUGCCUAAAUAUGUCCUCAUCAACUGGACUGGAGAAGGAGUGAAGGACGCCAGGAAAGGAAUAUGUGCAAAUCAUGUCAGCUCCAUGGCCAAUUUUCUCAAGGGGGCCCAUGUCACAAUAAACGCCAGAGCAGAGGAGGACGUGGAACCCGAGGUGAUCAUGCAAAAGGUGGCCAAAGCCUCAGGAGCCAACUACAGCUUCCACAAAGAAGCUUCCAGCCGCUUCCAGGACAGCGGUCCUCAGGGUCCCGUGGGCUCAGUGUACCAGAAGACCAACGCCAUGUCUGAAAUCAGAAAGACCAACAAAGACAACUUCUGGGCUCAGGCAGAGAAAGAAGAGGAGAAACGCCGCCAGGAGGAGCGACGCAAGGCAGACGAGGAGCGCCAAAAGUUGGAGAAAGAGAGGAAAGACAGAGAGGCCAAGGAGGCAAUGCAGAGGGACAAAAGGGACAAAGAGAGGGCCACUCAGAUCGACCAACAAAAGAAGUACCAGCAGCAGCAGGAAGCUGAGAGUAAAGAACAGGAGAGACAACACUUGGAGGAGCAGGAGGAGAACCAGGCAGCCCAGAAGAAAGCAGUAAGGAGAGGUGAAUCUGUGGAAAAGGCCAAUGAGGCAGCUUCUCUCAUCUCUCAGCGUGCUGUGAACCCCAGAGAGAUGUUCAAGCAGAGAGAGAGGGGAAUAACUCCCAGUGACUCAGACGUCCCCUCAGCUGCCCCUGCUAGCCCCCAGCCAGGGCGUCUGCAAAGCCCUUUUCUGUCUAAGCCAGUGUAUGAAAGUGAGCGAGCCAGCUCACCUCAGCGCCAAGCUUCUCCUGUGCCAGCAGGCUCCGCCUCUCCUGUCCGUGCCACAGAGCCUGAUGUGGAUGAUGGACAGUCCAGGUGUGAGUAUGAUGAGCAGGAGGCGGCCCCCCAGGAGCCCAGGUGUGAAGAGGAAGCACCAGCUGCUAACUCCUAUGUCCAAGAGACAGCUGUUGAAGAGCCCGCUCAGGUGGAGGAGACUAACUCCUAUGAGGUGACUCCUGAGGAGACAUCAGACAGAGGCAUCUGUGCCAGAGCCUUAUAUGACUACCAGGCCGCUGAUGACACCGAGAUCUCAUUUGAUCCCGACGACAUCAUCACCGGGAUCGAGAUGAUAGAUGAGGGCUGGUGGCGAGGCUACGGCCCAGACGGCCAUUUUGGAAUGUUCCCGGCCAAUUACGUGGAGCUUGUCUAGCCCAGCCCCCCUCCUGCCCCCCUCUCCACCCCCAGAUUAUCACACUGGCAGCCCCAGAGGACAUCUGCAGUAAAACAACACACGGCACAGUCCGUCCUCGCACACACGUGAGCUGAUCAGGCUGAAGUGGAGCAAACGAUCCUCCACAUCAUGGACCAAUGAAGGGAUGGUAAUCGUGGGCCAGAAGCUUUUGAAAUCUCUUAUAUUUUCAAGAAAGCAAUUCCAUUAUAUUGUUGAUGUUGUGAGCAACUGAUGGCAUAGUUUAGGGAUUUGUGAAGACCCACAGCCCGACCAAAUUCCCUCCCACUCCCCCCCAAAAAACCAUCUCUUUUCCUAUAAAUGUGAUGCAGUACAAUAUAUCAGCCUUUGAGUCUUAAAUUCAGUUGUGAGCAUUAAUAGCACUUCUAUUUGACAUUCCUUACAAAGUGACUUCAGUUCUAUUUCAGGUAUAAUUUUGUUGUUACUUGUAGCAAAUGCUCCUGUACAUUUCAGGAAAAAAAGAAAGAAAAGAAAUCAAAGAUGGCGGUACCAGCUACAGUAUAAUCUUUUGCCUUGUUUUUGCCUUUCUUUACCGGCAGACUGAACUUUACUUUUUGUGAUUGAUCCUAUGUGAAUUUCAAACCAUGUUUUCAGUACUGAUCUCACUGUGGUUGAAGUGAAUAUUUAAGAAGAAAAAAAUCAGAUGUUUGCUGUGCUCUGGGUGGAUUUCAGUGGGGAAUGCGUAAAACGGUUCAGUUCCCUUUAACUGUGAGCAUAUAAUGGUCGCUUUCAUUUCACAUCCUCCGUCAUCUGAACCAGAUUAUUGCAACAUAUUUCACUUUUCAGGGACGAGCUGAAAACAAGAAAAUAUAGGUCUGCAUCAUUUUUUUUUCAUGCUUGGAUCUCACUGGUUUGAGGUUGACUUUGAGUGCUUAACAGAUCUCUAAUAUGUGCUGUGUAUGGUGCCAUAAUGACGGGAAGUGGAUGCAGCGACAUUUUAAUAGAAAAUCUUCAAAUUCACUGUUUGUUUUUUUUUAUCAUGGAACAGAACUUUUGCUCUUUUAAGCUUUGAGGUCAGUGGAUAAAGGAAAAAUGAAUCGAUAAUGAAUAGAAAAGGGCAUCAUAUAUCCAUUGCAUUAUUCAUGUUUGUUUUUCCAGAGUCUAUUGUAAUGCACAGACAUUCUUCAUAAUAAAAUAAAUAAAAGCAA